UGCGGUUUCUGCGAUGCUAUUGGCCAAGGGAGAUGUCCUUCAACGCGGUGUGGGUAGGUUUCCGGUCGGCGUUCGGUCGCCUUAGGAGCCGGGCAUUGGGAGUGAGCGAAGGUAUCAUGUCGCUGCCGGAUCUGUCUUCCCUGAGCCUGCAGGAGCUCAACGAGCUGCUGGAGGAUGAGGGCAAGCUGAAUAAGAUGGCGGAGGGGAUGGAAGAGGUACGGAAUAUACAGCCAAAUAAAGACAUGAGCCUUGCUAGUAACCGUAGUCUAGCAGAACAGAAUCUGGAAUAUCACCCCAAAUUGGACUGUUUGAAAAUCCAAUUAAUUAGGAAAUAUCAAGAACUACAGACACUAUUUGAAGCAUAUCAAAUGAGGAAGUCAAAAUUAGGUAAUCUGUUCUCCCUGUUAUC